AUGGCGGAAUUGGACAUAGGGCAGCACUGUCAGGUGGAGCAUUGCCGGCAGCGAGAUUUUCUUCCUUUUGUGUGUGAUGGUUGUUCAGGAGUAUUUUGCCUUGAACACAGAAGCAGGGAGUCACACAGCUGUCCUGAGGUGACUGUAAUCAAUGAGAAACUGAAGUCAGAUAAGCCUACAUCUUACCCAUGCUCAUUCAAGGACUGUGCUGAAAGAGAGCUUGUGCCAGUUAAAUGUCCUUAUUGUGAGAAGAAUUUUUGCCUGAGGCACCGUCAUCAGUCGGAUCAUGAAUGUGAAAAACUGGAAAUUCCUAAGCCUCGUAUGGCUGCCACUCAGAAACUUGUUAAAGAUAUUAUUGAUUCUAAGACUGGAGAGAUAGCAAGUAAACGACGGAAAGGUGCAAAAAAUAGUGAAACAGCUGCAAAGGUAGCACUGAUGAAAUUAAAAAUGCAUGCUGAUGGAGAUAAGUCAUUGCCACAGGUGGAAAGAGUUUACUUUCACGUUUUCUUACCUAAGGGGAGCAAAGAGAAGAGCAAACCAAUGUUCUUUUGCCACCGAUGGAGCAUUGGAAAGGUCAUAGACUUUGCAGCUUCUUUAACUAGUCUUAAAAAUGAUAAUAACAAAUUAACAGCUAAGAAAUUAAGGUUAUGUCACAUUACUUCAGGAGAAGCCUUACCCUUGGACCAUAGUUUGGAAACCUGGAUUGCUAAGGAGGAUUGUCCUUUAUAUAAUGGUGGAAAUAUUAUCUUGGAAUAUCUUAAUGAUGAAGAACAAUUUUUAAAAAAUGUUGAUUCUUAUCUGGAAUAG